AUGCUGAGUAAGAGAGGCACCAGAAGUAUCAAAUUGCUGUUUAGGCGGCAUUGUGCUGCAAAGGUUAGAUUUGCAAGCUCUUUAACUGGGCGGUCACUUUCUUUAGAAAGGGGAGAUCUGCCGGACGCCGCCAGGCAUUGGGAUCUAUACCAAAAACAACUACAGAAUCCAAGUAUUGCUCAUGAGCUCAAAAAGCUCGAAAGUAAAUGGUUCAGCGAGUUGCUUACGAAAAGUGAGAAGUCCGACGAUCAAGACACUACUGACAAAACAAUACCCAAUGAGAAGAAUGAGAGGGAGGAGGAGAACACUCCCGAGCAGCCAGAACCGACCACAAAUGAGAAAAGCGAAGGUGUUGAAUCGAAAGUUAAUAGCGAAACUUCAGCUUCCUCGUCGGGUAGUCCAUCUGCUCCUUCGGGCGGAGGCAAUUCGAAUGGCGAUGGGAAUUCGGAGGAUCCAAAAUUCUCGACCAAGAAACCGCAUAUUCCUGAGGUCUAUCCCCAAAUUUUAGCACUGCCAAUAUCCAGGCGCCCUCUAUUUCCUGGAUUCUACAAAGCAGUGGUAAUCUCAGAUGAAAAUGUGAUGAGAGCUAUUAAGGACAUGCUUGACCGUCAACAACCGUAUAUUGGUGCAUUUCUAUUAAAAAACUCUGAUUUAGAUACAGAUGUGAUCCAAAGUGCCGAUGAGGUAUACAAUGUUGGUGUCUUUGCUCAAAUUACCAGUGCGUUCCCCAGUAAAGACGAAAAAACUGGCGCUGAAACCAUGACGGCAUUGUUAUAUCCGCACAGAAGGAUUAAGAUCGACGAAUUGAUAGGACCAAACAAGAAGAGUGAUGGUAUUGAAGUGGCGUCCCAAGAAGUGAGUGCAAAUGAACCAAAACAGGUAGUUGAGUCGUCCAUACCUCAAAAGAAAACUAGCGAAGAAAUAGAGGAAUACGAUGAUGAGCCAAAUCCAACAGAAUUUUUGAAAGAUUAUGACGUUUCAUUGGUGAACGUUUCCAAUCUAGAAGACAAGGAAUUUGAUAGAAAAUCUCCUGUAAUUAACGCUUUAACGUCGGAAAUAUUGAAAGUUUUCAAGGAGAUAUCGCAACUUAAUACGAUGUUCAGAGAACAAAUUGCAACAUUCUCCGCAUCGAUACAAUCGGCCACAACCAAUAUCUUUGAGGAACCUGCAAGGCUGGCAGACUUUGCAGCUGCGGUGUCAGCAGGAGAAGAAGAAGAGUUACAGGAAAUUCUUGAGUCUUUAGACAUAGAGCAACGUCUUGAAAAAUCCCUCGUUGUUUUGAAAAAAGAACUGAUGAACGCUGAGCUUCAGAAUAAAAUUUCCAAAGAUGUCGAGACAAAAAUUCAGAAAAGGCAAAGGGAGUAUUAUCUGAUGGAGCAACUGAAGGGAAUUAAGCGUGAACUCGGUAUUGAUGAUGGACGCGAUAAAUUAAUUGAUACAUUCAAGGAGCGAGUUGAGAAGCUACAGUUGCCUGAAAAUGUUCAAAAGGUUUUCGAUGAUGAGAUAAAUAAGUUGGCUACUUUAGAGACUUCUAUGUCAGAAUUUGGUGUCAUACGGAAUUACUUAGACUGGAUUACUUCUUUACCUUGGGGCGUCACUUCCAAGGAGCAAUAUUCAAUUCCAAGGGCCAAAAAAAUUUUGGAUGAAGACCACUAUGGAUUGACCGACGUCAAAGACCGUAUCCUGGAGUUUAUCGCGGUAGGUAAAUUGCUUGGAAAAGUUGACGGUAAAAUCAUAUGUUUUGUUGGCCCCCCUGGUGUCGGUAAAACAUCUAUAGGCAAAUCAAUUGCAAGAUCUUUGAGUCGUCAAUUUUUCAGAUUUUCCGUAGGAGGUAUGACCGAUGUUGCUGAAAUAAAAGGUCAUAGAAGAACUUACAUUGGUGCGCUGCCUGGCAGAGUUGUGCAAGCUCUGAAAAAAUGUCAAACUCAAAACCCCUUGAUUCUGAUUGACGAAAUCGAUAAAAUUGGACAUGGUGGGAUACAUGGCGAUCCAGCUGCAGCAUUAUUGGAAUUGCUUGAUCCUGAGCAGAACAACAGUUUUCUAGACAACUACUUAGAUAUCCCAAUCGAUCUCUCAAAAGUGCUCUUUGUGUGUACGGCCAAUACCCUUGAUACUAUUCCAAGACCAUUGCUUGAUCGUAUGGAAGUUAUAGAACUUACGGGUUAUGUCGCUGAAGAGAAGAUCAAAAUUGCUGAGCAAUAUCUCUCCCCAAAUGCAAAGAAAGCUGCCGGACUGGAGAAUGCUCAUGUCGAGGUCACCGAAGAUGCUAUAACAGCUUUAAUGAAACAUUACUGUAGAGAGAGCGGAGUUAGAAAUCUCAAGAAACAAAUUGAAAAGAUCUACAGAAAAGCAGCUUUGAACGUUGUGAAAGAGCUAAGCAUCGAUGAUAAACCUCUUGAAGAAGGAAAAGAAGCAAUUACUUCUGCCAUUGACGGAAAUACGAGAGACUCAACCCAAGUGAUCGAAAAAAGGACAUUGGGAACACAGGAAAAUCUUGCCGAUAAGAGUGAGACCAUAGAAGUAGAAAAGACUCAUGAUAACGAGGAAGCACUCAAAGUGCCUGAUUCUAUCAACGUUGUAGUAAGUGCAGAUAACCUAAAGGAUUACGUUGGCCCCCCGGUUUUCACUACAGACAGACUUUAUGAGACGACUCCUCCAGGUGUUGUUAUGGGAUUGGCUUGGACAAGUAUGGGUGGUUGUUCUAUGUACGUCGAAUCAGUAUUAGAGCAACCUUUAACACACACUUCUCAACCAACUUUAGAGCGUACAGGUCAACUUGGAGAUGUUAUGAAAGAAUCGUCCCGAUUGGCUUAUUCGUUUGCCAAGAUGUAUCUCUCAAAGAAAUUCCCAGAUAAUAGAUUUUUUGAAAAGGCUGCAAUCCAUUUACACUGUCCUGAAGGUGCAACACCAAAGGAUGGUCCAUCUGCCGGUGUUACGAUGGCUUCCUCAUUCAUUUCCCUUGCUCUCAACAAGUCACUCGAUCCUACUGUUGCAAUGACAGGUGAAUUAACUCUUACUGGUAAGGUCCUCCGCAUUGGCGGUCUGAGGGAAAAGGCUGUAGCAGCAAAAAGAUCUGGUGCAAAAACUAUCAUAUUUCCGAAAGAUAACCUCAGUGAUUGGGCUGAUCUUCCUGCUAACGUCAAAGAAGGUCUAGAGCCACUAGCAGCCGACUGGUAUGACCAAAUAUUCGAGAGGCUGUUUGCAGAUGUUCAACCUGAGAAGGGAAAUUCAGUUUGGAAAGCAGAAUUCGAAAAGAUAGAUGCUAGAGAGACGAAGGAGAAGAACUGA